AUGAGUGCGCCCAAGUAUGCUGAUCUGCUGCCGCCCUCGUGGAAGACGACGGUGACUGCCUGGCUUGAGGAGGACUGCCCCUCGUUUGACUGGGGCGGAUAUGUGGUUGGCGAGGCGCCGCGCAGUGCGACGCUCCUGUGCAAGGACGAGGGUGUGCUCGCAGGUGUGCCGUUUGUGAAUGCCGUCUUUGCCGAGCUCGGGUGCACGGUCUCGUGGAACUUUGAAGAGGGUCACUUUUUCACCGCCGCGGACAACGUGCCCGGCACGCCGGCCGGCAAGGUCAAGGUCGCCGCGGCGCACGUUAAGGGCCCAACGCGCAACCUGCUGCUCGGCGAGCGUGUCGCGCUGAACACGCUUGCGCGGUGCUCGGGCAUCGCGACGGCCUCGCGCCGCUUGCUGGACGCGGCCCGCGCGGCCAACUACCGCGGCAUCGUCGCCGGAACGCGCAAGACCACGCCCGGUUUCCGCCUCGUGGAAAAGUACGGAAUGAUUGUCGGCGGCGUCGACGCGCACCGCUACGACCUGAGCAGCAUGGUGAUGCUCAAGGACAACCAUGUGUGGAGCACGGGCUCUAUCACCAACGCGGUGCGUACCGCGCGCAGCGCUGCGGGCUUCUCGCUGCGGAUCGACGUCGAGGUGCAGUCGUUCGAGGAGGCGGAAGAGGCGAUCCGCGCGGGUGCCGACGUCGUGAUGCUCGACAACAUGGUCGGCGACGUGUUGGUGGACUGUGCCAAGACGCUCAAGGAGAAGCUCGGUACUGAGCACCGUUUCCUGCUCGAGAGCAGCGGUGGGAUUACGCUCUCCAACCUCGCCGAGGAGUCGCACAUCGAUAACGCGAUCGACAUCAUCAGCACCAGCGCUAUCCACCAGUCGACGCAGCAUGUCGACUUUAGUCUGAAGAUCGACCACUAG